GAUGUCGGUGCCCAGUCUUUGACAAAUUAGGUCAAUUUUCUCCGAUAUAAAUGCGUCUUGUUGUCGCAAGAUAGCUCAUUUUAGUGCAAAGUUUCAUAUCACCGUAUAGUCAGGUGUAUACCGGGUGUAGUGAGCACCGUAGUAGUAGAUAUCUGCUCUAUUCGGACUCAAAAUGGGCUGGUUGAUUGCAAAAGUUCUUCUCUUCCUGCUUUUCUAUGUACAUUGCCUUGUACAUUUUGUACAUGGUGUACAGACCACUGCAAAUACAGAAACCAGGCAGUCAGGUUUGCUCAAACAACUCUCUGGUCACCCGUCAACUGAAAUAAAAGAUUGGAAGUUACCAAAUUCCCUGAAAUAUCAGCCCAAAGCGACAUGUCCCUGUGAUGAUCCGAAGUGGUGUGACCAAAUUGAAAAGACAUAUGAAAAAGAGUUGUUCGUCUUUGCCACCCGGAAUGACAGUAAUCAUUGGAUGAAGUUUGACUGGUCCAAAAUUACCACUGUUGUCCUAUUUGGUUUCAUGGACCACAAGCUGGUCUGUUAUGCUCACAAACAUGGUGCGAGAGCUGUAACACUUGGUAACUUUCCAAUCGCUAACCUGACCAAUCUUACAAAUAGAACAUCAUGGGUGAAAACCACAGUGAGCUUUAUUCAAGAUAACUACUUGGAUGGUGUGAACUUUGACAUUGAAGAGCCGAUCGCCAAAAAUGACACUCGUCGAAUAAAUGCCCUGACAGCUUUGGUUGCUGAAACAUCAGGAGUGCUGAAACGUUUGAGUCCGCAUUACCAGAUAACCUUUGACAUCGCCUAUACACCUUGGGGCGGCAGACAUUACGAUUAUAAGGGCCUGUCGCAGGUGACGGAUUUUCAGUUUAUUAUGGCCUAUGAUGAGCAUUCUCCUGGUCCUACGUGGUCGGCAGGGGCUAAUUCGGACUUUACCAAUACCUUUAAUGGUAUCAAGAACUUUGUCAGUAUUGGUAUCAAACUGGAACAGUUGGUCUUGGGACUUCCUUGGUAUGGGUAUGACUACGAAUGCAUCACUUUGACUAAGGAUAAUGUAUGUACCAUCCCGCACGUACCGUUCCGUGGCAUCAAUUGCAGUGACGCGGCUGGUCGUCAGGUCAACAGCUUUGACAUUAUUCCCAGAGUAGACACGUCCGUUUCUGGCAGAUUGUGGGAUGACAAAAGUCUCUCGCCAUAUUUCAAUUAUAAGGAUGCCAAGACAGGCAAAAUGCACCAAGUAUGGUAUGAUGAUCCAGUAAGUCUCAAGCUGAAAUACGAUUAUGCAGUGCAACUGGGAAUGCGUGGUGUUGGCAUGUGGCAUGCCGAUUCCCUUGACUACACCGACACUGCCAUCGGCAUUGAAGAGAGGAUUGCCACGUGGGCCAUUUUGCCAGACUAUGGAAAGGUGUGAUGUUUAUAUAAAGAUAUGAUGUGAAAUAAUCAAAUAAUGGAUCACGACAUUUAGCAUUUUCGAUAACUUAUACAGCGUUGAAGAGAGGAUUGCCACGUGGGCCAUUUUGCCAGACUAUGGAAAGAUGUGAUGUUUAUAUAAAGAUAUGAUGUGAAAUAAUCAAAUAAUGGAACACGACAUUUAGCGUUUUCGAUAACUUAUACAGCGUUGAUUGAAGAGAGGAUUGCCAUGUGGGCCAUUUUGCCAGACUAUGGAAAGAUGUGAUGCUCAUUAGAUAUGAUAUGACAUUAUCAAAUAAUGGAACAUGACAUUUAGCAUUUUCAAUAACUUGUACGGCGUUGAAGAGAGAAUUGCUAUGUGGGCCACAUUGUAGGCAAAUUUGGGGAGGGGGGGGGGCAGCAGGGAAUUAUUGGUAUAUAUAUUAGAGGUAUAGUACUGUUCUCAGCUACAUAUAGUUAUUAAUUACAAUAGUUACAAUGUUUAUGUGAAUGGGACACCUAUAAGUUAGAGGGUGAUUUUGAAGAGUUUUAACGCAAAAUGAUUAAAUUUCGCAACUUCAAAUAAAAUGGCUUUAAAGUUAAACUGAUAAUGCAUUGGAAUAUUUCGGACCUCUUUUUUCAUGAAAGUCUUACUUUUGGCCCGAAUGCUCUGAAAUAUGCAGGACAGAUUAGACAUCAUAUCGGCAAUGCCAUGGUAACUCCAAAAUGUUGGAUAUGGCUAAUAUAGUGCAUUUUGCGAUGAAGCUCUUCAUUUGGAAAUACAGUGGAACCUCCUUUAUGCAGACACCUCUCUAUUAAGGACAGCCUCUAUUAAGGACAUUAGUUUUGGUCCCAAAUUGGUUGUUUCCAUUCAAUGUGACCUCUCUAAUUAGGACACCUCUCUAUUAAGGACAGCACAUUUCAGUCCCGAGGGUGCCCUUAAUAGAGGGGUUCUACUGUAUUGUAGAGCAUGUGGUAUAUGAAAUUAUUGUAUUUUAUAUUGUAUUUAUAUUUUCAUAUAUAUAUGUGAGAUUGAUCUCAAUCUGUAAUAGGAUUCAUCAGGCUGUAUGAAAAACUGUGAUCUUAACAUAGCAGGUCAAGUUUGAUUUCAUGCCAGUGCAAAGGAGAGCGAUAAAUUAAAAUUGUAUACAGCUGUACGUAUAUGGACAAUGAAUAUGCAGCUGGCUUGAUGCCUUGGAGGCUCUGUGGGAGGCAAGGUGGUCCCAGCAAUAAUUGGCUCUGACCAACUCGAUGACGCAUGACUUGUUUCUAUUAGGCUGGGUUUACAUAGGAGUCACAGCAUAGGUUCCGUUUACAUGUUUUUACACAGGAGUCACAGCAUAGGUUUACACGUCUUUACAUAGGAAUCACAGCAUAGGUUUACAUGUGUUUACAUAGGAGUCACAUCAUAGGGUUACAUGUGUUUACAUAGGAGUCACCGCAUAGGUUUACAUGUGUUUACAUAGGAGUCACUUGUCGUGACACUUGAAGGCGUUACACGACCGGAGGGUUAGAAGUGACAUGUGAACACCUUAUGUAGCUUUGGAAAAGACUUGCUCGUUCUUUGUCACUGGGUGGAUGUUUUAUCUUCCCAGAGAGUCCCAGAUCUGAAUGCCCAAGUAAAAUAUCAACUGAAUUGGGUAUUGAAAACAGGGCAGCAAGUUUUCGCCA